GAUGUUUCUUAGAAAUCAAUGUUUACAUAGGUCAAGGCGCGUCUACUAAAAUUGAUAUUCAUAGGCUGAAAUCCAAGACGGCGUUCAAGGUCCAGCUUGGCUUCUCUAAAAAUGUAAACAUUACAAAGAGAAUUUCCAGGCUAUAAAUAUGUGAUACAGUUAUAUUACACACAAAAUGACAGAUGUUGCCAUCAUUAGGACUUCAUCAUUUGAAAAACUUUUAUCUCAGAUUUCUACAAAGUUUAAUCAAGUCGAAGCAGCAGAAGUCGUUCGUUUACUGAAAAGGCAAUAUCCAACCAAAAAAGACUCUUUUGAUCAAAAUGACUURURUGGAGCCUUGAAACAACUAUACAUACUGGGAGCGAUUGAUGAUGAUGGAGAUCAGAAAUUAUUGGAAAUCUUGGCCGGGAAGAACAUUGAAGUUUUGAAAAUGCUUAGUGGUUACAAGGAAGCUUCUUCGUCACGCAAAGAUGAUUUUGUUGGUAGGGAUGUUGAUGUGAGUAAUAUUCUAAAGCGUUUGAAGAAUCAUCGCGUACCAGGAGUAAACUUGUUCGGAGACUCAGGAGUGGGAAAGACCACUUUGGCAAAAGAAGUUUCAAAACGUUUGGAAAGUUUUGACACUGUGUUUGUGGAUCUGAGAAAUAUCAAAUGUCUCAAGACUGUUUAUUUUCACAUUUUACAAGCCCUCCAACUACCUUCCUGGGACGAAAACAAGAGAGAGAGGAUCUAUAAGCACCUUGAAAUUUUAAAGAAAGAAACUGUUUUAAUUCUGGACAAUAUUGAGCAGUUUUUUUCGAAGGAGAGUGAGGUUGAACAGGAAACGAGAGCAGAUUUCUUGGAAUUUUUAAAGGUYAUCAUAUGCAGUGAAGCAAGUAAAAGAGGACACUUGAAGGUCAUUCUUACUUCAACCACAGAAUUGAAUAAAUCCGAAUUGAAGGGUAAACUGUUCACAGAAUACAAAGUUCAGCCAUUCAGCAAGAAUAUCUCUAGAUAUUUCAUCAGUAAAAGAGUCAGAGGCGAUGUUUCAGAUGAUCAGCAGGGUAAAACAAUGUUUGAAAUCGCUGUUCUGUGUUGUAAUAAUCCAUAUCUAUUGCAUGGAGCAGAGCAGCUGAUGAGGGAAAGUUUUGCUACUCCUGCAGAUGUGCUGCGAAAAAUAACUGCCCAAAUAGGAAAGGGAGUACCAGAACACUUUGCUUGUAUCAAUGCAUUGUUUGAAUCUCUGCCAAAUGAUCACCUUAAACAAGUUGCAGUGAAGAUUUCUUUGCUCCGUCGUCCUUUCACUGUGUCCACAGCAAGCAAAAUUACUGAAGCCUCCUCAGGUUAUGAUACAGAGUUUGACCUUGAAAUGUUAGCAGUACACAAAAUAAUCACAGCAGAAAAUGUGGAGGAAAAGAGACAUAACGAAACGAAGAAGAAGAGGAAGUAUGACCUCCAUGCACUGUUCAGGGACUUUGUUACUUCACAUCUGUGCAAAAAAGAUCCAGUCUACAAGGAACAGUUGAAAAAAGGGGAAAACCAGUUUUUUAAACAUUUUGCUGGGAAGAUAACAAAACUCGCUAAUAACCUUGAAAGGGAGUUUGUGAAAACUUAUGUCAAYUUGGAGAUAAACAGAGCAAACUUCGAGCUUGUUAUUGACUUGUCCGAAGACCACAAGGAAACGUUCGACCUGUUGCUUCAUACCGAUGACCACAACCAGUUGGCAUUGAUGGGAAUUCUCUUUGAAGUUUUAAAAGAUGAAAAAGAAAGAAAAGAACUUUUUGGGAAAUGGGCUGAGGCAGCCGAAAAACAAGAACAAUGGCUUACCAGUUCGCUGAUGCGAUGUUGGCAGUCUAUUCAAGGCUCUGAUUUGGAAGGAACCGUCAACGAAGAGAUAUUAGAAAAGGCAAAGACAUCUAUCGAAAAAGUGCACUCUACCAGUCCUGAUGAAAAGUUGAGUAAAAAACUGAAUGAGGUCAAUAGUUUGUUCUUGCACUGUCAAGGGAAGAUCAAGUGGAUGAAAGCAAARAAACUGACUCCAGAACAAAGAAAAAGAAAACAUGUCAAAAAGCUUCUCGAAGAAGGAAUCGAGCAUUUCAAGCAAUCAAUAGAAAUGAGAAAACAGUUGAAURGAGAUAGCACAUUAACUGCUCGGGCAUUGAAUCUUAUUGGUAAUUGUUACAUGGAACUUGAAGAUCCGUUAACCGCCAUGACGCACUACAAACAGGCAAUGGAUAUGAAAGUAAGGCUCGUCGGAAGUGAAAAUCAUUGGGAAAUUCCAACAUAUUACAACCAAAUGGCUCAAGUUCAUGAUGGGCUGGCUCGAAAAGAAGACGAAAAGUGGUAUAAGCGCUUAUUCGGUUUUAAGGCAAAAGCAAGGGAAGAAUAUGGAAAAGCAAAAAAAUGGAUGGAAAARGCACUGGCUUUGCAAGAAGAGCUGGGGGUAAGCGAUACAAAUCACACUGCUCUAUUUCAAAGAAACCUUGCAAAUAUUCUUAUCGGUCUYGGARAGUAUGACCAGGCYCUURAGYAUGCCCAGAAAUCCUUUGAAAUARCAAACGAGAUCCUUGGUAAACAUCCAGACACCGUGAGGAUUCUGUACCUGAUUGGGAUCAUUCAUGAAUGGAAAAACGAUCUUGAAGGAGCUUUAGCAAGUUAUGAAGAAGCUUUUGUAAUGGAGGAGUCUUUACCUGAAGACAAUCACAGUAUUGUGAGAAAACUACUGUGUGACAGACUUGAAGCAAUGUGUAAGAAACUGAAAAAGAAAGACAAGAAAGAAAAACUGAAAGAAAGAAUAACGAAAAUGCGGAAGAUUGAAAGCUCUACACCAGUCCGUAAAGACAAUACUCCUGCCACCCUUACCGAACCAGGAAUAGCUGACACUGAACAUCCUGUCCUGGAAGACCUGUCCGAUGUACAAUUACCACCCGACGAUACACCUGUCACCCCUACUGAACAAGGAAUAGCUGACACUGAACAUCCUGUCCAGGAAGACCUGCCCGAUGUACAAUUACCACCCGACGAUACACCUGUCACCCCUACUGAACAAGGAAUAGCUGACACUGGACAACCUUUCCAGGAAGACCUGCCCGAUGUAAAAUUACCACCCGACGAUACACCUGUCACCCCUACUGAACAAGGAAUAGCUGACACUGAACAUCCUGUCCAGGAAUACCUGCCUGGUGUUCCAUUACCACCAGACGAUACUCCUGUUACCCCUACUGAGCCAGAAAUAGAUGACAUUGAACACCCGCCUGAUGUUCCAUUACCACCUGACGAUACUUUUGUCGUCUCUAGUGAACCAGGAUUAGAGGAUGCUGAACAUYCUGUCCAGGAAGACCUUGGCAUUCCGGUUGUAACUGGAAUAAUAGAUAAAAUUCCUUCACAAUGCAAUACGAUAAUUCCAGAAGGCGGAUCGGUUGACAUCCCCAUGAUUGGAAUUCGUCUCGAUAUCCCUCCAAACACAGUCACGCAAGCUACUACUGUCAUAUGUAAGAAAUACACUGCAGAAUCCUUACCCGUGACAUUCCCUGCUGGGAAAGACGAAACUGUCGUAAGUUACAUMGUGGGACUGGAACCCAGUACUAUUCAACUAAACAAGCCGAUCAGCGUUAGUCUGAUGCAUUCUGGGCCAAGAAAGGGAUAUGGCUAUGAAACUGUUGUGAAGGCAUUCAAUCAGGAUAAUGAAACAUGGCAAGAGCCGAUAGUUUUAGAUCGCAGACAAGAGAAUGUAUCAGCACAUUGCAGAAAUGAUUAUGUUAAAGUGGAAAUCAGUACGCCGACUAUCUUAGCAGUUGUAACCAGACUCAUCACAGACCGAUUCCAAAUCACACCCAAAGGAUGUGUCGUCAGGUCUUCUGUAUGUGACGAUGUCACGAUUGAGUUCCCUCAAGGAGCUGUUGACAAGACCGUGGAAGGAACCAUGAAGUUGCUACCAAUGCCCAAGAACAUCUACAAGGUCUUCGAUGUUUAUGCAUCCCAGAUGAUUCUUAUAAAAGGAUUUGAAAACGUCGAACUUUUGAAAUCUGUAACCAUCCAAAUGCCCCAUCCGUGUUCUACGAGAUAUACCACAGGUCAAGCCAAACUCGUCCGGUUAAAGAACAAUGAAUGGGAAGAAGUAGGAGACCCGAAAAUUGAAAUAAAAGAUGCUUAUAUAAAGUUUCAAGUACAACAUUUUUGUUGGUUGUGGCUCAUGAUAGGUAGCACCGUAGCUGUGGCUUCAGCCUGCAAGAUACACGAGUACUUAUCGACUAAACCCGCUCAAGCAGCUUUCAUUGCAGCUUCAAGGGAUCAGAAACUACUUGCCCGGCGAAUAAAGUUGCAUUGCCUAGCUAACCACAGACAAGGUGAAAUCUGGGAUUAUGGAAAUGUACUUGAAGCUUCAACAGUUGAAGAAAUGCGACCGGGUGAAACAGUUUAUACAAAGAUCGAGGGGUCCUUUGAAACAUCUGGAGAAAUAAGUUUAAAGUUUUUGCAGGACGAGGAAUUUUCGAGGCUGAUCGUUCUUCAGAGAAAACGACAAAAUACAGAAACAGGAAAACGAAWAGUUCAAUUGCUUUUUUACAAGAAAGAAAACGAAGAGAUGCCUCUUUGUGAAUUUAAUAUUGAAGAAAAUAUGAUAGAUCCUGAGUGCCAUGCCCUUUCUGACAGUUUGAGUCAGGAUGGUACUGGUACAUCUGCAGCCAGUAUCAAUUAUACUGUCAACGUUUCAGGAAGUGCAGUGGCUGCUAUUGGUCCAAAUUCCUCUGUGAACUCAAGCCAACAACAUAAUUUGAGGCAGUACGCAUCUUUGGCAUCAAUUGAUCCAGCCCAGCAAUCACUCCCUCCAGCACCGUCACCCUCAACAGCAGGGAGUCCUACCGCCUCUUCUCCUGCAGCUGUAGCCGAGCAAACACUCCAUCCAGCAUCAGCACCCUCAACAGCAGGGAGUCCUACCGCCUCUUCUCCUGCAGCUGUGGCCGAGCAAACACUCCAUCCAGCAUCAGCACCCUCGACAGCAGGGAGUCCUACUGCCUCUUCUCCUGCAGCUGUGGCCGAGCAGACACUCCAUCCAGCAUCAGCACCCUCGACAGCAGGGAGUCCUACCGCCUCUUCUCCUGCAGCUGACGACACAGUAAAAUAUCGGAAGUAUAAAGCUUCAUAAUUYAAAGACGCAACUUUCAAAUGACGUCACUUUCAGUAUCAUAUUGGUAGUACAUACCUUCAUAACUUAAAGACGCAACAUUCAAAUAAAAAAAUAUUUAAA